AGGCAGUUCGUGACCGACUUUUCAGUCGUAUGUUUCCUUUAUAAAUAAAAUAAUUCACAAUUUUUGUAAGGUUUUUAUAUAUUGGAGAUACGUUUAAGCAUAUCUACCAUAAAAGGUAGGAUAUAUUUCACAUACUUUCGUAUCAGAGUGCACUAGAGCUAAAGGUGUGAUUGUUUUUCUACGAAUCUUCAAAUGAAAGCUCUGAGAACAGGAAGAUAAUGUGUAAUAUGUUAGAGUCUGCAAAGAUGGAGAAAGGAGAAACAGAUUCUUCAAGAAGUCGUUCGUCUGAUGAUUCCAUUCAAAUGGAGAAAAAGCAACUAAAAGAAAGAGAUGGUUGGAAGGGCCGCCUGGAUUUUAUCAUGACUUGUGUCGGAUACGCCGUGGGACUGGGGAAUAUUUGGAGAUUUCCGUAUCUGUGUUACAAAAGUGGUGGGGGUGCGUUUUUCAUCCCUUAUGUGUUUUUCUUGGUUAUGUGCGGAGUACCCUUGUUUUUCAUGGAGGCGUCGUAUGGCCAAUUCUCCAGUCUUAGCCCUAUUAGUAUAUGGAGGAUAUGCCCAUUAUUCAAAGGUGUUGGGGUGGGUAUGGUAAUGGUAUCGGCCAUUGUGUGUAUCUACUACAACGUAAUAGUGGCCUGGACGCUGUAUUUCCUGUAUAUGUCUUUCCGAGCAGUACUGCCAUGGAGUACUUGUGAUAAUGAAUGGAACACUGUGAACUGUGUGGUGGACACUGGGGACCGGCUCCCCCAACCGUCACCACCUACUAACGCCACCAAUAGUUCCUCUCUCUUUAACAGUACCUAUCUCGUUAAUGGUACCCUGUUCAACCAGACAGUGUUUGGAAACAUGUCUGCCGCUCUGUCUGCCGCCGGAAAUGCUACAGCAGUUUUGUCGGGCAAGAAAAUGUCUGCUAGUGAAGAGUUUUGGACACGACAUGUUUUGGAAAUCACGGACGGGAUCAACAACCCUGGAACCAUUCGUUGGCAGCUGUUGAUUGGUUUAAUGUUGGCCUGGGUGUUUGUUUUUCUGUGUUUAUUUAAAGGGGUCAAUGUUCUUGGAAAGGUUAUGCAUUUUGCCGCACCUUUCCCCUAUCUAGUCCUGUUGGUACUGCUAAUUAGAGGGGUAACCCUGCCAGGAGCCGUCAACGGCAUUAAAUUCUACAUCUUCCCCAAGUGGGAAAAGUUGGCGGAUUACCAGGUUUGGGGAGAUGCAGCUCUUCAGAUUUUCUACUCAGUGGGGAUGGCUUGGGGUGGCAUCAUCACGAUGGCAAGCUACAACAGAUUCAGCAAUAACGUGUACAGGGAUGCUAUGCUGGUGCCGAUCAUCAACUGCGCGACUAGUAUUUUUGCAGGGUUCGUGAUAUUCGCUAUUCUGGGUUUCAUGGCACACUCGGCAGAUACAACAGUAGAAAAAGUUGUCAGUCAAGGCCCUGGUUUGACAUUUGUGGCUUACCCUGAAGCAGUGGCUAAGCUGCCCAUCUCGCCCAUGUGGGCAGUGCUGUUUUUCCUGAUGUUAUUCACCAUUGGUUUGGACAGCCAGUUCGGUAUGGUUGAAACCUGCAUUUCUGCAUUUAUGGACGAAUAUCCACAUCUGUUGAGAACUAAGAGGACGUUGAUAUCAUUUCUGGCUUGUCUCUUUGAAUUCCUUAUGGGUCUUCCUUGCAUCACCCAGGGUGGGAUCUACGUCCUGCAGAUUAUGGAUUGGUACUGUGCAAGCUUCUCACUGAUGCUCAUCUCCCUGACCGAGUGCGUAGCCAUUGCAUGGAUCUAUGGCACGGAUCGAUUUUACAAGGAUAUUGAAUUGAUGAUUGGAUUCAGACCCAGUCCCAUUUGGCACUAUAUGUGGAAAUAUAUUACACCGUCUAUAAUCUUGGGAAUUUGGUUAUUUAGUGUCAUCACGUUAGGGCCAGUCACAUAUGACGGAAAGAGCUACCCAACAUGGGCUCUGGGCUUCGGUUGGUGCCUAGGUGUGGCAUCCAUGCUGCCCAUCCCUAUCCUUGCUUUCAAAUCAAUGCUUUCUACGGAGGGCACCUGUAGUCAGAGAUGGAAGAAAUUGACCACUCCUUUAGAAAGCUGGGGGCCGAGUCAACCAGAAGAUAGAGAGAAGUACCUAACGUCCUUGAGAAAGUGCAAAGAACUUGAGGAGAUUUCUCAUUCACCACACAUGCGUACAAAUGACGAUGUCGCUACACCCUUUCUCUCAACGUGAUAUAGAAUAUUUAUCCCUCUUUUGGAUUAAUAUACUGGGGUUUGGAGGGUAAACACCACGCUUAAAAAGUUAUUGAACUAACUUCAAGCUGAAUUUUGACUUUAAAAGAAAGAAAUUAAAGAGAAGUCUAUGGUGCUUUUAGAAUUUCUAGCUUUUUGUUUUAGACAAGCACUAUGCUUUGCAAAUUUAUGUCGUGUGCCACACUUAAAGUAUACCAGCAUUUAUAAAUUAAAAAGUUAAAAUUUAAAAACAACAUUUGAAAGAAAGCUAAAAUGAAAUGCAUCAGUAGAAAAUUAAUAUAUAUUUUAAAAGUUAUACAAAAUGGUCUAAAAGUGACUUUUUCUAGUCUUUUAGUGAACUUACACAUACGGCAUUACAAACAUAAGCUGCUUAGUCACUAUACUACUUAUUAUUUUUUAUUAAAGAUUACGUAUAGCAAAAUUUAUAGUCUUGAAAGCUGUUUAAAAGAGUAAUUGUUUAAAGAAUUUUGUUUAUAUGAAGAGAAUAAAAAACAAUGCAAAACUAGUGAAUAUGUGUUCGAGAAUGAACAAGGGCACCUGUUGUAUUUGUUUUCUCAGUGAUGUUAUAUCAUGUGCCUUUGUUAUAUGAAUGUUGUUGCCCUGCCUAUGUUACGUCACCAGCUUGCGUCCACGCUGUCUUGUGGAAGGACCAGACCGUUUAGAUCAUCGCAUUUUGGUGCUACCUGAACAUUUGAUUUUACUUUGUCAUGUUGCAACUUAUUUUUGUUCAUAUUAAUCUUUGGUUUUUGUUGUAAUAUUUUUUUUUAAUUUUACUAAACGAGGUAAACAUGUGAUUUUACAUCUACAAUUUUAAAUUUUUCCGUGCUAGUUUUUUUUUAAUUAAACUCUAAAUAAAUAUAAAUAAUUUGAUUUAUUUUUCACAAACAUUUUCAGUAUAUAUUUACGUUGAAUUGAUUUUUAAAUGUAAAUAUUUUAAAAUUCUAUAUCAAAUACGAUACAUGGUGGAAUAUAGGCGCAAGGAUAGUCUUUCUUAUCUCUCCUGUAUUUGUAAUAUUGGACAUUUAUUGUAGUCAAUAAACACUGUUCAACUUAAAUGUACAGACAGGAAGACAUUUUAUAACAUACUAUAAUUAUUUUUGUUGUGGUUGAGUUGUUUUUUUUUAAAUGUUAUGUCCUCUUAUUGAUUAUACUUUUUAAAUAACUGAAUUUUCAUGUAGAUUGUAAUUUUUGAGAUUAAAGAUAAAUGCUUACGUAAAGAGUACAUUUUGAAUGAAAUAAAAGUCAUUUAGUAAUGUCAUUGCAUAAUUAUGUUGUAUCAACAUUGUUUAAACACUGUUUACACAGAUUUCAAAUCACUGAACCACUUAAACAAUGUAGCCAAUAAAAUUUUAAAAUGUCA